GUUCCUGCAACAGCCAUUUGCUUACAAACAACCGCGAAAUUUCAUGACACGAACCAUCUGCAGUAGGAACUUGUUGCCCCUAUGUCCGAGGAGUACUUAAAAUCAGGAUUAUAAUUCUGUUGUUUGUUUUUCGCUGGCCUGCAUUAGAUUGUUAUAACGAGGUCAACAAACGUAAAAUGUCACAAUCCUGGUAAAAUCAGAGUUAGCUACUAAAGUACUGUUGUUAAAUUCCAGUAAUCGCAUCGUUUUAAGGCAGCUAGCUAGUUGACCUGAAUUAGGUCUGAACAUGAAAAUGAUUAAAAAUAAACUGAAGAAAAAUAUGGUUGGAAUGAAUGGAGGUCAAAAGAAGAUCGCGUCUCUUUUAUGCUCCAAUCAGAGUCCAAUGCCCCGUCCAAAGGAGAACAGAUUUCAUGAAGGCUCUGAUGUAGCUGUGAAAUCCAUGCUCCUCAGUCUCCUGGGGGACAGCGAUGAAGAAGAGACUGAAAACUUCCCACCCUCUCCGGGGCCGUUGUCUGUACCAGAGACUCCGGAGAGCCAGACAGGGCCCUUGUGUCCAUCGAGGGAGCCUUUGCAGGAGGUGUCAUCUCCUGUUUCCCGCUCCUUUUGCUCUGGCCCGAGGCAAGCCAAGAGGGCUGCAUCUGGGAUUUCAACUCUUCUACCUGGGAAAGCAGGGCAGAUGUCUUGGGCUCCAACAUCAGCAGGUUUGCAGAACAGUACAACGGCGAGCAGUUCUGUGAAGCGGCUGCUGCAAAGUCCUGAAGAAGCACAGAAAGGGAAAACCAAACGACUCAAAGCAGCUGCAGUAAAGAGGCCCUCCGGCAGCCAUGCCACACGUGUCCCUCAUCUUGACGACUUCUUGGACGAGUGCUUGAGUGCGAUUGGUGGCUCAGCCGGGCAAGCCAAGCAGGAACUGUGCUCCAAGGCCAAAGGCUCAGACAUUAAGGCUAGUGAAACUGGACCGACCUGCUUUCAACAUCUUCAGGAUAGGAACCUCAAAUCCCAUGUGAUGAUGAGGGAAGAAGUGCCUGUACUCGCAUCAUUUCCAAUGAGUAAGGUAUCACCCAACUCCCUGAAGCCCUCUCAGGUUAAGGCGUCUUGUUGCAGACACAGCUCAGAUUAUGAGGGGAGAAGGGAUUUUACUAUCAUUUCUGAACAUAAGGUGGAUGCUGAUCUACUGAGCAUUUCUGAUCAGACUCCUUGGAAACCGAAGACUACCUCACAUAGUGUAGUGAAACCCAGAAACUGUGCUAAAGGGGCUAGGGACUUGAGCAGUGGUGGGGGAGGUGAUCAGCAGUGCCAUCUUGGAAACAAAGGGGAAGUUGGGGGGAAAGGUGGCUGUUUGCGACAUGGACUUGGAGAAAUUGCUGUGAACGGGUCUGGGGAUGACAUUGGAGUAAUGGAAGACUGCUGGUUUGAUGACCACAUGGAGCCGAGUCUCAGCAACGAAAAGGAGAAGAAAUCUGUGAAACAAAAAGGCAUUCCAGACCAUGUAAUCCUGUCUACUGGACUUCACAACAGAUAUUGGGUUCUAGGGAUGCAGGAGGUUGCUGGUCCUCGAAGUUUUCCUGAGAAGCAUUUGAUUGUCACUGCUUCAAAGACCGCUGUGCCCACAGAGCUCGUCAUUUUAAAGGAUGACUGGGAGUCUACUCCUGUUGCUGUUGGCAAUAUAGUUCACCUGGAGGGAGAAUGCAUUUCUGCUACCUGGACAAUUGACAGGGUGUCAGGGUUCUUGAUUCUGAUGCCAGACCUGCUGAUAUCUGGCACCAGCAUUGCCAACAGCAUCCGCUGCAUGAGACGUGCUGUUCUUGGGGAAAGGUUCAAGGCUUUUGACGGGGGUUCCAAACAGAUGCUCAAUGGAACGAUUGUUCAUGAAAUCUUCCAGAAGGCAGCAAUGUCACGAGACUUCUCACUUGGAAAGUUGCAACACUUUGCUUCCCAGACACUUCGUGGGCCUCAGUACCUUGGAGAGAUGUAUAGCCUCAAACUGACUGAAGCAGACAUGCAGCAGGGGAUUGAGGAGUACUUGCCCUCUCUGUCUGGCUGGGCAAACUCGUACCUUAGUGGUUCAACUCCGGCUGGAACCAAACAACUGACCGUCAAUCUACCUACUGAGGGGAGGUUAAGCAAACAGGAUGCUGCCUGCAGUGUGAUGAUCACUGACUUUGUGGACAUCGAGGAGAACAUCUGGUCACCACGCUUCGGCCUGAAAGGCAAGAUCGAUCUGACCGCAAGAGUGCGUAUCCACCGCAGGGACCGCCGACCACCGCAGGAGAAGAUUAUGCCCCUGGAGCUUAAGACCGGCAAAGAGUCCAACUCUAUAGAGCACCGCAGUCAGGUGAUCCUGUAUACCCUGAUGAGCCUGGAGAGGCGUGUUGAUGCAGAGGCAGGACUCCUGCUCUACCUGAAGACUGGCACCGUGCACCCGAUUGUGGGGAACCACAUGGACAGGAGGGAACUGGUGAAGCUGCGGAACACACUGGCACAUUACCUUGACAACAGCGUGAUGCGAGAUGAGGGAGGAAAGCCACAUCUGGCACCCAUGCUUGACAUUGCCAACUGCCAGUCUUGCAAAUACUGCCCUCAGAUGCGGAACUGUGCUCUCUACAACAGAGCUGUAGAACGCGGUACCUUGGGAGGCCGCCCGGACCAGCCUGCCUUCGUGGAGCAGGAGACCCAGCACCUGAGUGAGGCCCACUUGCAGUACUUCAGCCACUGGGUCUUGCUCUGUGCCCUGGAGGGGCGUACUAUGGAAAGAAAGGGGGGCCGUCGAAACAUCUGGUUACUGUCAGCUGAGGAGAGGGAGCGAAGUGGAGGAUGUAUGGGUAACCUUCUGCGGACAGGCCUAGUGAAGCCCCUCUUUGACAACGCCUAUGUCCACUGCUUCGUGCGACGGGGCGGGGAAAAGGCUGAGACUUGUCUGAUUGUGGGCGACCGGGUCGUGGUGAGCGACCAGGAGCUGAAGUUGCUAGCUGUGGCUACGGGUUAUGUCACUGAGGUGACUGCUGCUGGAGUAACAUGCACCCUGGAUCGGAACCUCUCAAAGUAUUCUCCUGACAUUAUGUUCAGAUUGGAUCAGGAUGAAGGGGUGGGAGGAAUGGACACUCAUUUAGGAAACCUUUCCAAGCUGAUGGAGAACACUACUAUAAGUGAGAAGCUGCGGGAGCUGAUUGUGGAUUUCCAGCCACCAAAGUUCAUCGAGAGCCUGAGCAGCGUGCUUCCACGAGAGGCCAAGGAUACAGUUGCCAACAUCCUCAAAGGCCUUAAUAAACCUCAGAAACAAGCCAUGAAGAAAGUACUGCUAUCUAAGGACUACACAGUCAUAGUAGGCAUGCCUGGAACAGGAAAAACCACUACUAUCUGCACUCUGGUUCGGAUCCUUCACGCCUGUGGCUUCAGUGUCCUGGUGACCAGCUACACGCACUCGGCUGUGGACAACAUUCUGCUCAAGCUGAAGAGGUUCAAAAUUGGCUUCUUGCGACUGGGGCGGAUCCAAAAGGUGCAUCCAGAUAUCCUGCCAUUCACAGAGGAGAAUCUGCGCCGCUCAAGGGAAAUCCACACGCUACAUGAGCUAGAGCGGCUCUACAGCAGUGAGCUUGUGGUGGCCACCACCUGCAUGGGCAUGAAGCACCCCAUCUUCAGCCGACGCCAUUUCGACUUCUGUAUUGUGGAUGAAGCAUCACAGAUCAGUCAGCCGGUGUGCCUGGGUCCCCUCUUCUACGCCGAUCGCUUUGUUCUGGUGGGGGAUCACCAGCAGCUUCCGCCUAUUGUCCAGAACCCGGAAGCCAGGUCUCUAGGCAUGGAUGAGAGUCUAUUCAAGCGUCUUGAGCAUCAUAAAGAUGCCGUUGUGCAGCUGACCGUACAGUAUAGGAUGAACAGCAAGAUCAUGUCUCUGAGCAACGCGCUAGUGUAUGGGGGCAAGCUGGAGUGUGGGUCAGAGCACACCGCUCGCUCAGUGCUGCAGCUGCCCAUGCGGAUGGCUGUUGAGCGAGAUCUGGAGCUGUACCUGAGCCAAGUGGCGCACAGAGGCUGGAUAAGGGCUGUUGUGGAGCCGGAAAACCCCAUUUGCUUCCUUGACACUUCCAAGGUCCCUGCCCCAGAGACUGUGGAGAAAGGAGGGAUCAGCAACCAUGCAGAGGCUGCUCUUGUUCACUGCAUAGUCAGCCUCCUGCUAAAGGCUGGCUGCAAAGCAGGUGAUAUUGGAGUCAUCGCUCCCUACAGACAGCAACUGAAGGCCAUCUUGGGACUGUUGAGGGCCCCAGCCUUCAGUGCAGUGGAGGUUAACACCGUGGACAAGUACCAAGGACGGGACAAGGGUGUCAUCAUUGUUUCCUUUGUCAGAAGCAAUGUGGAGGGCAGUCUGGGUGAGCUGCUGAAAGACUGGCGCAGGUUGAAUGUGGCCAUCACCCGGGCUAAAUACAAACUGCUGAUGCUGGGCUCCACCCCCACUGUGCAGCGCUAUGCCCCACUGGGAAUGCUGCUGUCCCAUCUAGAGCGGGAGCAGAUGAUCUACCAGCUUCCUCCUGGGGCCCAUGAGUCACUGCCACAUAUUCUUCUGCACUAAUCAGUGGAACUGUCCUGACCAAUAUUAGAGGAGAGGUGGCUGGGCCACAAUGACUACUUUUCUCUAAGUUGUGUUAAACUGUUAAAAUGUUCAAACGAAGUAUUAACUCAUUUUUGGGUGUGUUUAAAAUAUAUAUUACCCGGUAAUAUAUAAACCUGUUUGUGUGAUUUUCAUAUUACAACAGAUCUGGGGAGUGGGGACUUAAUAUGAAAAAUGUGAACAAUUAUGGAUCCAACCUCCAAUGGUACCAUAUAGUUUUUUUAGUAGUGGCAUUGUUAUGGUAAUUCUACAGCAAUUUUUUAAAAAGUUCAUUGUGAAAUGCCUGCAGAAGGUGAUCAUACCAUCUUAUUUCUAAACAAGAAAUAUGAACAGAAAUACAUAUUUUACAUAUUACCUCAGUCUUUGAAUAAUGCUAGGCAUUUCUUUUUUACACUGUCUUAAGCUAGCUCAUUCUGACAGUUAUUGCCUGUAUCAGUAUGAAUCCAUUAACUUUAUGCAGUUAUUUUUUACCAUUUUGUGUACAUUUUAAUUGGUUACUUGUGAUUAAUAAAUUCUAGACCAUA